AAAGACACUUCUUCGGCUAGCGGGAAAAGUUCAGUGAGACCGAGAAAACUCCCGAUCUCGGGGUCAGGAUAUCUUUCGCGUCCUCAAGAAGCCUUUGUGCAGUCCGAAUGGCAGAGCUUCUUCUCCCAAAAGGUUGGCGGCGCGAAGAACAAGCUAGAAAGCUAGGAUUGUCGGCCGGCAAAGUUGACGUCUCCUACUACGGACCCGACGGCCAACGCUACCGGAACAAACAACAACUUGUCAAAGCCCUCGGGAAAUUCGUGGAUCUGUCGGCCUUCGAUUUUCGCACCGGCAAGAUCAAUCCCGCGCUUGUACGCAAGUCAAAACAGAACAAGCAGAAAGGUUAUCCAAUCUACGAGUACCUUCGGGGAUUGAAACCCGAGGCAUGUCUCGUCCCACCUAUAAGACAGACGGCGUCUAUUUUCAAGCAACCGGUAACUUUGAUCAGUAACAGAAAUGAAUCCACAACGAAGCACGAUACCAAACAUGGAGUUCAAGAGAAGAAAUCGAAACAGCUCUUCUGGGAGCGACGUCUGCAGGGUCUGAGCGCGUGUGAUCCGCACGCUCAUACGGUUCAACCAUUCGACCUUCCCCGCAAUAUUCGAGGAGUCUCCCAAGACUUGUCGCAGGACACCCUCCUACGCAGUGUGGCGACAUACCUGCACAUCACUCAAGGGCCCAUCGUUGGUCAACUCAACGUCAAAGGUCAACAGGACAAACAUCCAGCGGUCUACCUAAACCCAGACCAGCCCCUAGUCCAGACCCUCAUUGUGACGGACGAUGACAUUCGGAGACAAGAGGAGCAAGUGGUUCUCGCUCGGAAGCAGCUUGAGAAUGCAUACAAGGAACUGCGAGAAAUCUAG